GAUGCUGCUAAUGAAAGUAAAAAGAAUAUCUCAAAUAAGUUUGCGGGAGGUCAUAGGUAGAGCGAACAUAAGCGAUAACCCUUGGAAUUGGACUAUAGGGAACAGUAAUACUACAGAAAUUCCUCAUAGACAAAAUAUAUCAGCUGGUCUAAACCUUAAUAAAACCUAUUCAAAAGGAAAUAAAGGACUGACAAUGAAAUUACUAUCAAUUCGCUUUACUAGCCCCAGAUUAUUUAAUCCUUCAACUAGACGUCACGUCAGUUUUCGACCUAUAGUGAAUACUGUAAAUGUUGAUAAUAAUAAUAAUCAUGCAACUCCUGCCUUAAACGAAGAUAAGGAAGAGAAAUCGAACAUUGGCGUUAUUAUUGCUUCUGUUAUCAGCGUGUUGGGGGGUGGAAUCGUUCUCUUUUUCCUUGUUAUUAAAAUAAGUGACGUCGUAUUGACUAGACGCCUUAAAUGGGCUGAAUUAGAAAAAGCUUGUGAAAAUUGCCAAGAGUUGAAUAGGGAAUUUGAUACAAUACCAAUUCAUAAGCAUACUGGUGACGUCUUGCCAAAGGACGCUACCGGAAAGAAUCGCUUCUCCAACGUUAUUCCGGAACCAAGAACUAGAGUUACUUUGGAAGAUGGCCAAUAUAUAAAUGCCAAUUACAUACAACCAGUUGACGGUCAGACCAAAGGAUUUAUAGCAACUCAAGCUCCAUUAGAGAAUACUCAAGAAGACUUUUGGAAAAUGGUUUGGGAGCAGCAAUCACAAAUUAUCAUCAUGCUUGUUAAUAUAAUAGAAAAUAACCAGCCAAAGUGCACGCAAUAUUGGCCUGAUACGGAGAGGGGGAAUAUAUGGAUGUAUUGUGGAAAAUACGAGAUCUUAUUGCAAAAACGAACUGAGCAUGACGAUUUGGUACAUUCCACUUUAUUAUUAAAAUAUACAGAAAAAGACCUAAGUAGACAAGUUCACCAUAUUUGGCUUAAGUCUUGGUCUGAAAUUAAUGACUCUAAAGACUCUUCAACCAAAAUAUUAAACUUGACUAAAUUCUGUCGACCAUAUAUAGAAUUAAGUCAGGGUCGACCAAUCGUACAUUGCAGUACGGGAACAGGAAGAACUGGAACAGUUAUAGCUAUAUUAAUAAGCAUGAACGAUUAUGAUCAAGAGAAAUGGAUUGACAUUUUAAAUCGUGUUCAAACGAUAAGAAAUGAUAGAAAUGGCUCUGUUCAAACAAAAGAACAAUAUAAAUUAAUAUAUGAGGUUCUAUAUUUAUACGCGAAAUCAAAGAAGAUUGAAAGAUAA